AUGGCUCCUGGAUUAGAACUGCUCCCUAAGACCACGGCCUUGCCGACAAAGGCUGCCAAUGCCAUCAACAAUGCCGUCUAUGGCAGAGACUCUGAUGUGAAGUUUGAGAGUGCCGAGAAGCACCAGCGGGUGUUAAAUGUCUUCAGAGCUUUCAUUGCCGACCUGGUUCAGCAAUAUGGUGACGGACACCCUGGAGCGCCCAUGGGCAUGGCGGCCAUCGGGAUUGCGCUGUGGAAAUACGUCAUGAAAUACUCGCCCACGAAUUGCAACUACUUCAACCGCGAUCGCUUUGUUCUUUCGAAUGGUCACGCCUGUCUCUGGCAGUACCUCUUCAUGCACCUUGUCGGCGUCAAGAGCAUGACCCUUGAGCAGUUGAAAUCCUACCACUCCACAGACUCCAGUUCCCUAUGCCCCGGCCAUCCAGAGAUCGAGAACGAAGGUGUUGAGGUAACGACCGGCCCACUGGGUCAGGGUGUCGCGAACGCAGUUGGACUCGCCAUGGCGACCAAGAACCUCGCCGCAACGUACAACAAGCCUGGCUAUGAAGUCGUGAACAACAUGACCUGGUGUAUGGUUGGCGACGCUUGUUUGCAGGAGGGCGUCGGUCUUGAAGCUCUGUCUCUGGCUGGGCACUGGCGGCUCAACAACCUUUGUGUGAUCUUUGACAACAAUAAUGUAACCUGCGAUGGAACGGCAGAUGUUGCCAAUACGGAAGACAUCAACACCAAGAUGCGCGCGACAGGCUUCAAGGUGAUUGACGUGUAUGACGGGGAUUCGGACGUUGUUGCCAUCACCAAUGCGCUCCUCGCUGCUCGCUCCUCCACCAAGCCAACUUUCAUCAACAUUCGCACCACCAUCGGCGUAGGCUCCAAGCAAGCCGGCACGGCCGAUGCGCACGGCGCCGCCCUGGGCGUCGACGAAGUCGCCAAAAUCAAGCGCGCCUUUGGCCUGAACCCUGAGGAACACUUCCACAUCCCCCAAGACGUUUACGACUUCUUCAGCGAUCUACCAUCGCGCGGGAAGACCCAUGAGGCAGAAUGGCACGCGGCUGUUGCCGCAUACCGCGAAGCUGAGCCCGUGCUCGCCUCUGAAUUUGACCUCCGUGUCGCAGGAAAAAUGCCAGCAGACUGGACAAAGUACAAGCUCGGCCAAAACGUCAAGAACUUCCUCGUCGGCACAGCGGAUCUUACCCCCUCCGUCAACGUGGCCUACAAGAACAAAGUCGACUUCCAGUCCCCCGACCUCAAGACCGCGUGCGGUAUGAGUGGAAAUUAUGCAGGCCGGUAUAUCCACUACGGGAUCCGCGAGCACGCCAUGUGCGCGAUCUCCAACGGUCUGGCGGCGUUCAACAAGGGCACCUUCAUCCCGAUCACAAGCACCUACCUCGUUUUCCACCUGUACGCUGCCGCCGCUGUACGCAUGGCCGCUCUACAGGGGCUGCACCAGAUCCACAUCGCCACUCACGACAGCAUUGGCGUUGGAGAGAAUGGACCAACGCAUCAGCCCAUCGCCGUACCGGCACUCUACCGUGCAAUGCCAAACAUCCUUUUCAUUCGGCCCUGUGAUGCAGAGGAGACGGUUGGGGCGUACAUCGCAGCAAUCCAGCACGACACAACUCCCUCCGUUCUGGCACUGUCGCGCCAGAACCUUACGCAGUACCCUGCUCACUCCUCUCGAGAAGGCGUGCAGAAGGGAGCCUACGUCUUCGUCGAGGAAGAGAACUUUGACGUCACUCUCCUCAGCGUGGGCUCUGAAAUGGCUUAUACCAUGGCAGCGCGCGAGAUCCUUGCGGCCGAGCACGGUAUCAAAGCGCGUGUCGUUUCAUUCCCUUGCGCACGGCUCUUCGAGCUUCAGUCCCGCGAGUACAAGCACUCCGUCUUGAAACCACGCGCGGGCAAACCCGCUGUCGCGAUCGAGGCGUACCCUUCUGUUGGCUGGGAGCGGUAUGCUGAUGCGGCAAUUGCGCAGAACCAGUUUGGGAAGAGUCUGCCGUGUAAGGAGGUGUAUGAGCACUUUGGAUUUAGUGGAAAAAUCAUUGCAGAUAAGGUGAAAGGAUUAGUGGAUGAGGUGAGACGCGAUGGUGUUGAGGUGUUAAGAGGUGACUUUCGGGAUCUGAAUGGGGGUCCUAGUGUCGGUGUGGAGCAUCCAAAUGUGCCUUAG